AUGUCACAACAGGCUCCACUGGGGUCACCCUCUCCAGGCUCCUCACGACGGACCUCAAAGCAUAUCACCACCGAAGGACUGAAUAUAUCCAACGAAAAAACUAGCCAGAGCAGAUCUAGUAUGGAAGAUAGUGGCAGAAGAGGGUCGACGGCUCCCAUACCCGACACCGGAGAACCAGCUACCUUACCCAUGUCCACCUCCAUGGUACUGCCGGUGCUUCCAAAGACAAGUCGUCAGGCUUUGGCAGAGAUAGACGCACUAGAUGGCAGAAAGGUUACUGUUCGAUUCCUGCCUAUGCCAUCUGCCCCCCUUCUUCAGAGCAAGGUGUUCAAAGUGAGUGCUUCCCAGAAGUUCGAGACCAUCGUUCGCUUCUUGAGGAAGAAGCUAGGCUGCAAGGACACAGAUUCCGUGUUUUGUUAUGUGAAUAGUGUCUUUGCUCCUGGCUUGGACGAGGGGAUUGGUGGUUUGUGGAGGUGUUUCAAGUCAGAUGACCAGUUGAUUAUAUCUUACUCCAUGACGCCGGCAUUUGGAUGA